CACGAGUCGUCUUACCACCUUCGAGGGACACGAGGUUCCUCCACAUCGCGUCCUCGGUGUCUUCGAACGAGAGAAAAGUCGAGAACCUAACGAAACGAGCUCGAAAUUCUCUUCGCGGUUCCCUUUCGCGCGCACGAAGCAUCGAGAUCGAAGGAUCGCUGCAAGAAUUCGAUCGAUCUUCGCUGGUAAUCGGAUCGUGUUAGGCAUCCCCGUGGACCCGUGGGUACGGGAGACACGAUUAAUCGUCCGUGGAUAGCGGAACGGACGGGCGCGGAAAAUUCGGUCGUGCGGUGGCAUCUGGAAGAGGACGAAGACGUGACGGGACUCGACGACGAGGGAUCGACGAACUUGCUGGCAGCUGCGGACAUCCGGGAAGAGAUAAACGUUUAUACGGUCGAAAUGUGAUACAACGUCUUCCAGCGAAUCCAGUGAAACCGAUAAAAGACUGUAACCCACUCGGUCUGGAUAGUCCUGCUCGAGGAUACGAUGAACGGCCGGAUGUCUAGCCUCGCUACCAUCGAGAAAACGCACACGACGCGCGGAUCCCGUCGAAUUUCCAGCGCGUAGAUCGCUCGUGCCCAGGUAAAACACGCAGAAGCGGGACACGGAUCGUUCGCGUUCUCGAUGGAACGAGCUUUCGAAACGAUCGGAAGAAAAAUGUCGGUCGAGGUGAGAGCAGGACGACCAACUAUGCCCACGAUCCCACAAUCGAAGAGACCAACGAUCUUAGUAUAUCCAACAGUGACCCCGGAGAGCAUCAUCAUCCCGAUAGUGUCGUGUAUCCUAGGCUUUCCGUUGCUGGCACUGAUGGUCAUCUGUUGCCUGAGAAGAAGAGCGAAGCUCGCGAGGGAACGCGCCAGAAGAAGAAACUGUGACCUGGACCACGGUGCCCUGAGCCUAGUUCGUUUCAGCCCUGUUCAUCGUUUAGCGUCUAAAGAGGAUUUAGCCGGAAUCGAUCGUUCAACGAGAGCAGUAUCCUUACGGAGCGAUCGAGGAUCGAGAGCCUUUCCGUCGCUGGAUCUGGACACCGUGGUCGAAGAACGAUCGGAUCCUGAACAGAGCACCGCGCUGGAACUUAGCAGUCCGGAUUAACAUCCAGCUUUGGUACCGCCCAGGUCUCCUCGACCAUCAAAAUCGGCGGUACCACUGCCCGUAGAUCACAGUCCGCUUUGGACGGCAUUGACACACGCUAACGCCGUGAGUUCUGCUCUUGGAGAUACCUAGCAGGAGGUUGAAGAGGGCGGC